AUGGGUACCGUCGCUGACCCCGCCAAGACCAAGAAGACCAUGAGUGGCUUCGCCACCGACUUCCUCAUGGGUGGUGUUUCCGCCGCCGUCUCCAAGACGGCUGCUGCCCCCAUCGAGCGAAUCAAGCUCCUCAUCCAGAACCAGGAUGAGAUGAUCAAGCAGGGCCGUCUUGCCGCCCCCUACAAGGGCAUUGGCGACUGCUUCGUCCGCACCUACCAGCAGGAGGGCAUGGUUUCGCUCUGGCGUGGUAACACCGCUAACGUCAUCCGUUACUUCCCCACCCAGGCGCUCAACUUCGCCUUCAAGGACUUCUUCAAGUCGCUCUUCGCCGUCCCCAAGACCGCUCCUUACUGGAAGUCGCUCUCGGCCAACCUUGCCUCCGGUGGUGCCGCCGGUGCCUCGUCGCUCCUCUUCGUCUACUCGCUCGACUACGCCCGUACCCGUCUUGCCAACGACGCCAAGUCGGCUGCCAAGGGCGGAGGAGACCGCCAGUUCAACGGCCUCGUCGACGUCUACCGCAAGACCAUCGCCUCGGACGGUAUCGCCGGUCUCUACCGUGGCUUUGUCCCCUCGGUCGUCGGUAUCAUCGUCUACCGUGGUCUCUACUUCGGCAUGUACGACUCGCUCAAGCCCGUCCUGCUCACCGGCAACCUCUCGAACAACUUCCUCGCCUCGUUCCUCCUCGGCUGGGGUGUUACCACCGGUGCUGGUCUUGCUUCCUACCCUCUCGACACCAUCCGUCGUCGCAUGAUGAUGACCUCGGGUGGCAAGGUUCACUACAAGAACAUGUUCGAUGCCGGUCGCUCCAUCGUCGCCGCCGAGGGUGUCUCGUCGCUCUUCAAGGGUGCCGGUGCCAACAUUCUCCGUGGUAUCGCCGGUGCCGGUGUGCUCUCCGGUUACGACAAGCUCCAGGAGGUCAUGUUCGGCAAGGUCUACAAGGGCGGCUCCGGUUAA